AUGUCAGAAUCAGAUUACAUGAUAACCUUCUGCACGGCCCUCGCCGCCAAAGCCUCCCUUGACCCCGGCCUCCCCGUUCCCAAUCCAACAUCAUCAUACUGGCAAUCCGAACCUCAUGAACUAGCGGAUCAUCAAUCCUCUCACCUCCCAUCCAGCGUUGAUGUAGUCAUUAUCGGCUCCGGUAUGACCGGCAUUAGCGUCGCGUACCAUUUACUUCAACAAGAGCCCAACCUUCGCGUCACAAUCCUCGAAGCACGUAGUCUGACCUCGGGAGCUACCGGAAGGAAUGGCGGGCAUUGUAAAGAGGACCCCUAUGAUGAUUAUGAAGAUCUAAAAGAGUUGUAUGGGAAAGAAGGUGCGAAGAGAGUUGUAAAAUUCCGCCUGGCGCAGUUGGAUGCUUUGGUGAAAUUGGUUGAAGAAUUGGGGGAGGAUGUGAAGAAAGUCAGUUGUUUAAGGCGUGUGGAUGGGUUGGAUGCUUUUUAUGAUGAGGAUGCGUGGGAACGUGUCAAAAAGAAGGUAAAGGAUUAUUUGGAGGACUUCCCAGAAGAAAAGGAUGUGUGGCUUGUCCACGAGGGGAGUGAUAUUGACGAGAGAUUCGGCACAAUCAAUGCAGUAGGCUGCAUCACCGGACCAGCCGGUGCAAUGUGGCCAUACAAACUCGUCGGAGCAGUGACAACCCACAUCUCGAACAAAAAACACUACCCAAAUCUAUCCAUCGAGACGCAUACCCCUGUUGAAAGCAUAUCGUCUACAGAGUCAGACGCUAAGCACCCCUUCCUCCUGACCACCCCGCGAGGAGACAUCAAAGCUACAAAUAUAAUCCACUGCACAAAUGCCUUCGCCGCCCAUCUCCUGCCCGACUUAAAAGGAAAGAUAUACCCUAUGCGCGGACAAAUGACACGACAAUCCGCGCCGCCGGGAUUUCCGAGAUUGGGGGAUCAGAGGUCAUGGAUUUUGCAUUAUGAUUUUGGUUAUGAUUAUGUUACGCAGUCACCACCCCACUCGACGUCGUCGUCGACGGACGAUAUUUAUCUUGGUGGUGGUUUUCUCAAAGCCCUUGUUAUGGGCCAAGUAUCCGUUGAAGAUGCUGAUGUGGGCAGUACCCGGGACGACCUACAGAAUCCUGUGGCGUUAGCCACGCUUCAAGACGCGGUGGAGAAGAGACUACGGCAUGGAAAUGGCACGAAAAUUGUGGAUCAGUGGACUGGCGUGAUGGGAUUUACCAUCGACAACAAUCCCGUUGUUGGAAAAGUGCCGUACGAGAUAUCACAAAGAAAACCGGCAGACAGUCAAACAGAAGGAAGGGAGUGGAUAGCGGCUGGGUUUUGUGGGAAUGGAAUGGUGAAUUGUUGGCUUAGUGGGAAGGGGACUGCAGAGAUGCUGCUGAAUGGAGAGGAGGCUGUUAGGGAGUGGUUUCCGGUUGAUGAAUAUGCGUGUUCAAUCGAACGACUACAAAAGAUGACGUUGGUGGAUAGGUUUUUGGAGUUUGUCAAGGAUGCUGUAUAA